AGAGGUCCUCUCGGCGAGCUCUGCUAUCCCAGUUUUCAGUUACCUCGCGAAGCGAGGACGAGCGUCGUUGCAAAACUCGUCUCGUUCAUCUGCGAACAACAACACGCCCGUAUGCGCGAACACAAUUUUCAACAAUGUUAUCGCACCGAAAUUAACUCGCCGCGUUUAUUCUGGUGUGUUUGCCCAUCGGCCUUGAGAUCGGCGCUUCCGGUAGAUUUACGUGGAAUUUCUCAACAAAUUUAUUUACGAACUAUUUUGUGGAAUAAAUUUUUUUUGCGCGAGAAAACGGUAAAGUGGAAUUAGAAAAGUUCCGUUGAGAGAGACCGUUGGAAAACUUAAUUCUAGUAUAGUUGUGAAUAAGAAAGGAAACAUGACGAGUGUGCUGCAACAUUCUCAUGGUUUCAAUACUAUCUCGCAGGACGACAGGAGUUACCGCAGCGAUGAUUCCGGCGGUGAAGUCUUCAGAAAUAUCUCGAAGAACAGCAGCAUCUUUCGAGUUUGGAAGAUCGAGGGUUUGCGCGCAACGGCCGUAACUGGUAGCAACAUGGGUCUCUUCCUCUCCGAAUCGGCGUACAUUGUCUACGCCGUGUCCGCGAAAGACGGCGCUCUUCCUUAUCCAGGCAUGCCGAUCAAGGAAAUGAAAGACACCACGGUGGUGCGCGCAAUUCACUUCUGGAUCGGUGCUAACUGCGAUUUGACGGUUUCCGGUGCCGCUGCGCUUCGCGCGGCCGAGCUCGACUCGCAAGUGUCGGCAAUGAUUCUGAUGAGAGAGGUGCAGGGUCGUGAGAGUCCACGAUUUCUUGCCUAUUUCCGGCAUAGUUUGAUCGUAGAGAAUCUGCACUUCGAGCCGCCUUCGUGUACUCUUCAUCGGGUCUCGGGGAUCGCCGUUCCCAUUCUGACGGAGCUCGAGAGAGUUCAUUGGGAACAUUUCAGUUGUCGGGACGUCAUUCUGGUGGACAUUCGAACGAAGGGUGUCGUAUUUUUGUGGCUGGGAUCCUUAUCCGACCCAUUGCACAAACGACACGCCGUAACUCUCCUUGAGUCUCGAAAAGAGAACAACAACGGACGCGUGGUAGUGGUCGAGGACGGCUACGAGUUGACAUUGCCCGGAGAUGACAGGGAGCUGUUUAGCAGCGUGCUGGAUCCUUUGGCAAGAGUGGUUGCGCCCGAUCGCCAGCAUCGGAUCAAUCCACCGAGUCCGAUCAAGCUCUAUAAGUGUAGCGAGCAGUCAGGAAAAUACAAGGUUGCCGAACUGAAAGCCGGACCUAUUCUUCGAAGGGAUCUGACGUCGGAUUCCGUGUAUCUGGUGGAUCGAGGCGAGGCAGGAGUUUGGGCCUGGGUAGGUCGCGACGUUAACGCUAGGGAAAGAUUGGAGGCGGUCAGAAAUGCGCGAGGUUUCGUCAAAAAGAAGAAUUACAGCGACGGUGUCCCAGUGGCUAGGGCAACGGAAGGUUACGAGCCUGAGGAGAUAAAGGCGCUGUUGCGCGGUUGGGAGCCCUCAAAAACGAGGCCGCUGACAUUGCCGACGAGCUUUGAACCCGAUUACAUGAACGAGAGACCCAGGAUGGCGGCUGAGUGUCAAUUGGUGGACGAUGGUUCCGGAGAGAAGACUUUGUGGAGAGUCGAACACAAGGAGGGCAUGAUUCAGAUCGAGGACGACAGAGGAAUUUAUUACGCGGAAGCCUGUUACGUGAUGCUGUACAAGUACGGACAAGGACGGAGAAGUCGAAAUAUUGUUUAUUGCUGGGAAGGCGUUCACUCUGUCAAAGUUGAUCGAGAUGCAGCGUUGACAGCAACUUGCCGUUUGUCUGAAGAAACAAACGCGCAGAUAGUGAAAGCAUCCCAGGGCAGAGAACCGCCCCAUCUGCUACAAAUCUACGACGGAAAGCUGAAAAUACUUGCAGGAAGUCAUCGUGACUCACCACCGAAGAGAUAUUUGGUCAGAGUGUUCGGCUCGACGCCGUAUACUUCAAAAGCCGUGGAACGGCCGUUGCGAGCAAGCAGCCUGGACUCAAGCGCGGUAUUCAUUCUCUUUUCUGCCACGCCGGUAGUCUGGUGCGGCGGCAAAAGUACUGGCGACGCUCGACAAGCUUCGCGACGUCUCGCGCCACGAAACGCGCCUCUCAUUGCCGAGGGCAAAGAAGACGAUCAUUUCUGGAUCGAACUUGGAGGGAAAGGCACUUACAGCACAGAAACUGAGGAAGUGAGCGAAGAGCUGGAUAAACAUCUGUUUCAGUGUCGUACCGAAAACGGCCUGUUCGUAGGCAAGCAAGUCCUUGGUUUCCGACAAAAUUCUCUAAUACCGGAAGCUAUCUGGCUAUUGGAUACUGGCAGCAUGAUCUGGGUGUGGAUAGGCAAGUUCUCCACUCCAAAAACGUUGCAAGAGUGCAUCGAGGACGCUACCGUGUAUCUCUAUACGCAUCCCGCAGGUCGAAAUCGCAACACGGCAAUUUCAGUGAUCAAGCAAGGUUUUGAGCCGGCCACUUUUAUCGGCCUGUUCGACAACUGGAACCACAAUUUGCUCAGAGACUACAAAUCGUUUGAGACCUUCUGCGUCUUGUUGGAAGACAAGGAUCAAUCGACAAGGACGCAGACAACCUCGAAGACCGCCAGAGACUUUGACAAUUACAUCAAGUACCCGCCGUCAAUGCUGAAGAGCGAGCCGGAGAAUCUACCGGCCGGUGUAGACGUCAAACGUAAAGAACUGCACCUGACUUAUGACAACUUCAUUGCAAUCUUCAAAAUGGAACCCGAAGAAUUCGAGAAAUUGCCAACGUGGAGGAAGCAACGUCUGAAGCAAACUGCUGGGCUUUUUUAACAUUUCAAUUUCUCUCAUGUCUACUCGAUUGAAGAUAACUGUCCUAAGUCUCGUAUUUUUAUUUUUUGUUUUGAAUUAUAUUGAAUUUUUUUCAAGAAAACAAGUUUA